AUGGUUCUUAACAGCAGCCCUAAUAAUGCUGGUUCCUUACAUGAUGUCCUUGAAGACCAUCAUAUGAAGAACCAUCAUCCUCGCCCACCUAACCCGGAUAGACUUGAGAAUCUGCAUCAACAGGCAGCAGAUGAAUCAUCCACCAAUGAAGAGAACAAGGUUGUAGACCCACCCAAGAGGUCACAUUCAGCUAACAGAGCAGCAUCUAAAACCAUUGGGUUUUAUCCCCACUCUUGGAAAGACAUCCUGGAGGCUUUAAAGAAGAAGUUGCCACUAGGAUUGGUCAUGGAUGGCACCACUUCAAGCUGCAAAACAUUCAUUGAGAAGACAGUGGAUGAUAUUGGCAUCAACAACAGCUACUGGGAUAUCUAUAAAUGUGACAUGGCAAUUAUUCUAUGGGAUGACUGUGCUACAAUGUGGUCUGAGAUGAAAAAAGCUGCACAGCCCAUUGCUGCCAGCAAGUUCGGCAUCCUACCAUCAGACAUUGACAACAACAACAAGGUUGAAGACUAUAACAGUGUCAAUGAACAGGGGAGGACUAACAACCUCAUUCAUGAUGCACUUGGUGAGCUGUGUAGUAUGAUUUUCUAUAAGGGUGACAAUGCACUUGCCAAGGUCUUCCCAAAUGUAUUUGCUGAGGCCAUUCCUGAAGGUGCCAUGGCACUUGCAGCAAGUGUACUUGCUGCAGCCAUCGACAAGUAG